AUGUUUGCCGCAGUUGCAGCAGGAAAUCCAUUACAAUUGUCUGAACAGGUUCCCAAUUCAAAUGGAUUACAACACACAAUAAUCUUAUCAUCUACAAAACCAAAACAAUAUUCACAUAUAACAUUAUUUCUAUUGCCUAAUGUUACAUUUCCACCAGAUUAUGUGGCGACUGUUUACUUUAAACUAAGUCCCAGCGAAGACUUCAGAUUAUUUGGUUACUUGGCUGCAGAAAAACCAAGUGCUAUAUUUAAAGUUAAAUUGUCUCGAGCAGGUAUAAGAAAACCGCAAAGUAGCAAUGUUGAUGGGAUAGGAGAGAUCGAUAUGGAUGAUGAUGAUCUUGCAGAUUCAACUGACAACAAUAUUUCUCAGUUAUUGAUUGGUAUCUCCAUUGAACCAAGACUGCAAGGUCUAGCUAAAGUUGAGGAACAGAGGAAAAUCAAUUCAGAAGCUAACCCAGGAGCGGUAGUUUUAUCAUCAGCAGGAAGAAAUCAUGCGGCAGGUAUACUUUCCGGUAGUAAUAUCACAACUGCUGGCCAAUUGGCCAGAGCAUAUCCUGCUUUAACUCAAGAAUUGGCUGCGAAAAUUGUGCAACAUGCUUAUAAUUAUUUAUCUGGAUUUUUGGAUGGGCAAGGUAACGUAAGUAUGAAAAGAUUCGACACUUGGUGGAAUAAGUUUAAAACCCGACUAUCUAACGAUGCCACUUUUUUAGAUGAGGUUACUAAUGACUAG